CGCUCGUCCCCAUAGAGACAGGCUCCUACAACAGCGGCUGCUCCUGUCUCGCGCAGGAUGACGGCAAAUUCCAGGCAACCGGCGCUUGCAAACUAGCUGCAUUACCUCGACAGCAAUCUGAAUGCUGACCAGAUUUUGUGUGCGAUCUCUGGAUUAAGGAGCAUAAAGCAGGGGGCGGCUUUAACCCGGGGAGGCCGGAGAUUGGGCGGGGAGGAGUCCAGCUCAGUUGUCCGUUAGCUGAAGCCCCGAGCAGCAGGUUGGAGGUUUGGCUGCAAGAAAGACAUGGAGAGGAGACCAAUGCUGUGUUGAAGGAUGGAGGUGGAGGUGGGUGCAGGGAGGGACGGCACCAGGAGAAGACCCCCGGCAGCUCCAGCUCCUGAUGAAGACGAUGGAGGAGGAGGAGGAGGUGCCAUGGAGGAUAAGGUGGUACCCCUGGAGAUGUACGACUCUGCCAGGGCCAAAAUAGAAGCAAAUCUCCGCUGGUUGUUUGCCAAGUCCUUCGGUGUAGACCACAUCCCCGCAGACCUGCGAGAUCCUUUCUACACUGAUCAGUAUGAGCAAGAGCACAUUAAGCCUCCCAUCAUUCGCCUCCUGCUGGCUGGGGAGCUCUACUUCCGGGUGUGUGGUCUCAUCCUGCAUGCCGAGCAGACCGCCUCGCUCCAGAGCCACCAGUCUGUCCUCCAGGUCCUUUCCCGAAAAGGGAUCCACGUGUUAGAGGCUGACAACUCACCGAUCUCCAGCCUGGACCUCAGUUCGGUGCCCAUUAAAAUGAGCUCCCACAUGCACCUGAUCGAUGCCCUCAUGAUGGUCGUCACGGCAGGGAUGAUCAGCAUAGACAAGGUGGUGACCAGCGUCCAGCGCUUUGCAAACUUCAGUGCCUCCAAGGAGAUGCCUUUUGAUUUGGAAGACGCAAUGGUCUUUUGGGUCAACAAGGUCAACACAAAAUUGAGGGAGAUCUCGGAGAAACACCACAAAAUGAAGCAACAUCUUCUGGACUCACCCAGUCAUCAGAAGUCUCCCUCCAAAUGGUACUGGAAGCUGGUACCAGUGCGUUAUCGCAGGGACCACCUGUCAGGUCGGAGUCUCCAGCAUUUCCCACAGUUGGACGACCUGCAGAAGGAUGUGAAUGACGGCGCCGCUUUGUUAGCUGUGGUCCAUUUCUAUUGUCCGGAGCUCAUCAGACUAGAGGAUAUAUGCCUGAAGGAGGUCCCAUCAAUUGCAGACAGCGUGUACAACAUCCAGCUACUGAGGGAGUUCUCCAACGAGUACCUGAACAAGUGCUUCUAUCUGCAGCCUGAGGACAUGCUGUAUUCUCCACCGGUGCUCAGGAAUAACAUGUUGGUGUUUGUCGCUGAGCUCUUCUGGUGGUUUGAGAUUGUCAAGCCAGACUUUGUCCAACCCAGGGAUCUUCAAGAAAUACGAGACGUGAGACUGCUUCUCCAAACAAAGGGCUCUCGACCCCACGUGCCCGUCUCUGGUGUCUCCAAACACAGUCUUCUGACCUGUUCCAACUCCGCUGAUAUCGUGACAAGGCCCACGAGCCAGGAAUUCAGCUCAACUCCAAAAGCAUCAAGAUCAUCAUCUCACUCUCUGUUCUCCAUGAGACAGAGACAACAUAAAGGUUUUGAGGAGGAUGCUUCAGAUGUAAUGACCAACAUCCUAAAACAUGCAGAUGUGCAGCAUCCAGGUUCAUCCAUGGUUCUGCCUGAGAGGAGGCCCAGGCCGCUGUCUCAGCCCGUGCCCUACGCCCUACACUACCCUCUGGAUGAGGAUCCAGACAACAUCAGUCUUGCCCGCUCCAUUAGCAAAGACAGCUUGGCUUCCAACAUGAUGACGCCAAAUCAUAGACGAGGAUCUGGAGUCCAUCCACAUCGACUCAGUGGUCAAAGCCUCCUCAGUCACAUGCGAAUAGAGGAUGAGGAAGAGGAAAUAGAGGAGGAGGAACUGGUGGCUGUGAUCCAUCCCUCUGUGUUGCCCCGACUAGGCAGCAAUUUGGAGCAGGAUGACCUGAAAGCUCAGAGUCAGUCGUCGUCCGAGCCUCGACGCCUUGACCUGAGCUCUUUCACUCCGGACCUGCAGGCAGACAGCUACUAUUUGGAGCCUUUAAUGCCCGCCACCCCUAAGCCAGCCAAAGAGAAGAGCAUCAGUCUUAAUAAACAGGAGGAAAGUGGGGAGAGCCGUUACAGAGCCUCUCUAGCUGCCAAAAAACACCUCUUCCAGGGGAAAUACGUUCCUGAGUGCAGUAGAAGUACAUUCUUAUCCAUGUCUGACUCAAUCCCAAACUCUCCGCGUCCUCCUGCCGAAGGAUCGCCGAGCACGACAGCAUCUGAGCAGAAACAUCCCCAAGGCUUCUUCCUGCAUUUGUCAGGAGACGGCCAAAGUCACCUGUCCACUGAGAUGGAGCACGACUCUGACUCCGACACGGCCGACUUCGAGGACGACGAGGACGAGGAGCUGAUGAAAGAGACCGUGAGAAGUGAGAAGUGUUUCGGGGAGACAGAGGGGGAAUCUUUCAAGCUAAGACAAGAUACAAAGGUUAGCGAGCGCGACGAUAAGGAGAGCUGCAGUGGGCGCUCCAGUCCUUGCCUCAGUACAGCGUCCAUGGCGAGCAGCUGCAGCGCCUCAGGCAAUGUCAAGAUGACCAGCUUUGCUGAGAGAAAGCUGCACAAACUGGGCCUCCGUGAUGGAAUCUCCAGCACGAGCAGCUCUCAGAAGACCACGCCGGACGGCUCAGAGUUCACUCCCUGGCAGAUAAGGAACGAUGCCUGGGCGAAGGACCCGGAAGCUGUGUUGCCGAAGAAUGUCCUUGUCAGCCCGUCCGUCGUGCCUUCAGAGCUCCUGCAGCUUCACAUGCAACUAGAGGAGCAAAGACGAGCUAUCGAGUUCCAGAAGAAGAAGAUGGAGACUUUAUCAGCACGACAGCGACUGAAGCUGGGAAAGGCUGCGUUCCUGAACAUUGUGAAGAAGAGUGGAGGGAAGAGUGACACUCUCCCCCUGCCUCUAAAGCACAGCUCAUCUGCUGACCUAACAGCCGAGAUGAACAAACUGAAGACUCUCUCCUGCAGGGACGACUCUUGUCUGGACAGUCUGAAAGUCCAAACACAUGAGGAGGACAAGGACACGAGCAACAGGAUGAACGUAGCAUCCCAGGAGCCUGGAUCUGAGAUCAACGAAUGUUCGCGCUCCAUUGACCUGCUCAAUGAGGCCAUUACUUCUAUUCAGCAGCAGAUGAUGCAGCUCACCUUGAAGCAGAACCUGCUGAUGAAGCAGAAUGUGAGCUCUUCAUCAGAAUGUGAACAAUCGUACCCCUCGGGAGCAGCACACUCAACAUCUCCUACCUCAGACUCCAACAGAUCUUUUGCCGUGCACUUUGUUGACAUCGGCGGUGGAAACACCACUCCUGCUCGACGGCCUCCGAGACUAAGCUCAAGCCAGCGCAACAAGGAUCGAAAGUUGAGGAUGGACAACAGCGGCGUGACGAAAUCCAACAGAGACAACGCAGACGAAGUCGUCAUUGCGGAAAAGUCAGAGAGAAACGUUCAACGAAAGACAACCUUCAGAGUCCACCAUGAACCUGACACAGCAGCUGACAAAGACCCAUCGCAGAGCAUAGCACUAUCUAGUACCACUGGGAAUCCCACGCCGAGAGCAGAUCACGAGGAAAAUAAAAACAUCUCAGGGACCGAGGCUGUGGGCGGAGAUGACGCCACCAGGAUCAAGGCUCAUUUAGUUGAAGUUGACCUGUCGGAGCUGAAAGAGUCUGCGGAGGAUGGCGGUGCUGACGGCACCGCGUCCUCUGCAGAUGCCGAGCAGAAGAACGUGCUGGGCUUUUUCUUUAAGGACGAUGAGAAGGCUGAGGAUGAAAUGGCAAAACGGCGGGCAGCUUUCCUUCUCAAGCAGCAGCGCAAAGCAGAAGAGGCAAGACUUCGCAAACUCCAACAGGAAGCAGAGACUGAGCUUAAACGGGAUGAGGCCAGACGAAAAGCUGAAGAGGAGCGCAUCCGUAAGGAGGAGGAGAAAGCCAGGCGAGAGCUGAUCAAGCAGGAAUACCUGAGGAGGAAGCAGGAGGCGCUGAUGGAGGAGCAGGGCCUGGUGAAGCCUCGGCCGCGGCUCAAGUCUCGCAGGAGUCGGCCCAAGUCUCUGCACCGCGAACCCUCUUCCGGUUUAUCCAGAGGAUCGGCCACACGGGACUCUCUGAAGGUUUCCAUGUUGAUCAAAGCCCAGGGUUCAGCUUCGAGCAGCAGGGAAGCUGAACUGGGCAGCAGCCUUCGAGGAUCGACAUUGUCUUUGGCAACCGAGACAGAUAGUGUGAUAUCUGGAGGGGCAGAGUCUCAAAGGGCUGAAUCCGUCUGCUCCAUGGAGUCUUUCCCGGUGCUGAGCCGAGCGUCAAGCAAGACCAUGGAGAGGGACUGGGAGAGCAGCUCUUUCACGUCCUCCGUCACUUCCAUAGAGUACAAUGGACCCAAGCUGUUCAAAGAACCCAGCUCCAAGUCCAACAAACCGAUCAUCAUCAACGCCAUUGCUCAUUGCUGUCUGGCCGGAAAAGUCAAUGAAGCCCAGAAAAACGUCGUGCUGGAGGAGUUGGAGAAGUGCGAGUCCAAUCACUUGAUCGUCCUCUUCCGAGACGGCGGUUGCCAAUUCCGCGCCAUUUACUCCUACUCGCCCGACACGGAGGAGAUCAUCAAAUUCACGGGCACCGGGCCCAGAACCAUCGUCCGCAAGAUGAUCGACAGACUCUACAAGUACAACUCAGACCGGAAGCAGUUCACCGUCAUCCCGGCCAAGACGGUGUCAGUCAGCGUGGAUGCCUUGACCAUCCACAACCAACUCUGGCAGAGCAAGAGACCAGGGAGCGCUCGGAAGAAGCUGGAAAGUGGACACUGAUGCUUGGCGCGCGAUUGGGCGGGACCCAAUAUGUUGAACUGUGCUGCCAGCAGUGCGAGUGGCUGAAGCUUCUGCUUGCACAGGUGACUCUUCCUUUACAUUGCUGGUCUGUUCUUCUGUAUGCGAGUUUGGCACCAACCAUGAUUGUAAUGUAGCACUGAAAUGAAGGCCGUCCACAGCUCAAGAACUCAUGAAGAAAAGACAGGUUUCAAAGUUAAAACCUACCGCUGGGAUCAAUACGCGCUUGACAGGAGCCACUAUGUUUCCCUCAGUAUUUCUGUCAGAGCAUUCACAAGGGUUUCUUUUUAUACGCUUGUUGGAUAGUGUCUGAAAUGUCCAGUUGUGUUUUCAAUAUAGAGUGUAUGAAGCAACGUGUGUGUGUGUGUGUGCCCCAGCUCAGAAUGUGCUCUUCAUUGUGCUUUAAAAUAAAACAAAAAAGAGCAAAGCAACAAUUUUUUUUAAGCACAGGGCUGUUGUUUUAGUGGGAGAAUAGCUGUUUUUACUGUCGGGAAAUAGUUUGAGGAAUUAUUCUGGAUGGGAAGUGCUUUUGAGUGCAUUAUAACUUUGCAGUAAUGCUUCAUAAAUAUUGUAUUUGUUUAAUUUUUUUUCACGUCAGUAACACGCCGAUCGUGACAUGACUUAUGCUGCCGAGCUGAUCACAAAUCGAAAUUUAAAGCAAUGUAGCUUAAGGCGGCACUACCAUGCAGUGAGCGAACGAUUUGUUGUGCUGAAGAAACUGAUACUUGAUAUUUGUUUGCUGCAUUAUGUACAGUUUUUAUUAGUUUUGUUUUGUAAAUUAUGUUAAUUGACAGCCACUAUGAGAAGCUUUAUUCUGUUACAGGUUUUCAGAUAUGAUUCUCAUUCUGUUGGAUGUUUAUUUAUUUUAAAUAUUAAUUUAUUUGAAAGAUAACAUUAAAUGCAUUUUUGGAU